CACAUCGCACAAGUUCACGAAACAAAGCUUAUACGACACCGUGAAGUUGAGUGACAGAUGAAAAUCAAGUGAGACGAGUGGAAACGAGAGGCGAAGAACAUCCAACAAUUGCUUGAACUUGAAGCCGCCGCUAAUCUAGACAUCUCUCGCGCGCAAUGUUUAUUUGACCACGUUAAUCCGGAGCGCAAACACACUUCAGGCGGAGGAACCAUUGGCUGUGCUGAUUAGCGCUCACUCAAACGGAAACGUACCUCUUUCCAUACCAACUAUGAGUCGGGUGUGCGGCCUAGAAGAUGAUGACCACCAUCAGUUCAACUUGAGUUUCCGACACGCGCGCAGUUUCUUGAAGUCGCCCAGUAAUGUACGCCAAUCGGUGCAGGAAUUUGAACCUGCCGCGGAUCGAUAUCGAGGCGGCCUCGGAUGCAGCCCAACAGCACCAGCAGCAAACCUUGGAGGAAACCAAACAGCUGCUGAACAGUGCCAGAUCGGAACAGCUGAGUCCGGUGCCGAGCAGUGGAGGGCUGGGCAAGGGAUCGAACUCUCCGGCCCGAUCGCCCGCCAGGAGAUUGAAAGGCUGCCGACCAAGCGUAUUCGUCAACCGAGCCCACAAGCGAGCGGUGUUCAAGAAUGGAUCGUGCAACAUAGCUUCCGUCACCGGUUCUAAUCGUCACCUGCGCUUCCUGGUGGACCUAUUCACCACCCUAGUCGACGCCAGGUGGCGCUACACGUUGAUGGUGUUCGCCUUGGGAUUCAUGGGCUCGUGGCUGUUUUUCGCUCUACUCUACUGGUUCAUCUGCAUGGUACAUGGUGAUUUGGACGAGGAAAACCUCCCUCACAAUCAGGAAGCAACGGGAUGGAAGCCUUGUGUCACCAAUAUCUACUCGUACACUUCGUGUUUCCUGUUCUCACUCGAAACGCAGCACACUAUCGGUUAUGGCAAUCGCGCCACCACCGAGGAAUGCCCUGAAGCUGUGUUCGUUAUGAGCCUUCAGUCCAUACAUGGUGUCAUGAUACAAGCCCUUCUGGCUGGUAUCAUAUUUGCUAAGAUGACUCGCCCUAAAAGCCGAUCACAAACACUUCUGUUCUCCAAGUGUGCCGUGAUCUCCUUGCGGGACGGCGAGAUGUGUCUGAUGUUCCGCGUUGGGGAUCUACGCAAGAGUCACAUCAUCGGAGCCAACAUCCGGGCGCAGUUGAUCCGAGAUCGUAUGAGCCGCGAAGGUGAGAACAUGCCCCAGUACCAGAAAGAACUGACACUAUCCGUGGACGGAUGUGGAUCGGAUAUGUUCUUCAUCUGGCCCCAGAUCGUGGUGCAUCGAAUCAACAGCGAUUCGCCUCUCUGGGAGCUAAGUCCAUUCGAGCUGCUGCACGAGAGAUUUGAGAUCGUGGUGGUUCUGGAGGGAACCAUCGAGUCUACCGGCCAGAGUACGCAGGCUAGAUCCAGCUAUUUGAACACGGAGAUCCUAUGGGGUCGUCGAUUCGAACCGGUUCUGUGUUUCAGCAAGGAAAAGCAAAGCUACGUGAUCAACUUUUCCAUGUUCAACGAUACCGAGCCGGUCGAAACGCCCAACUGCUCGGCCAAGGAGUUUGCCGAGGGACUCAACUACAAUAGUAACGAAAACCUCCUGGACAAACCAACGUUCGAAUUCGGCAGCCUGGUGGAAAAGUUGGAACAAUAUCACGUCGAGAAUGAGCAGAAUCAUCAACGACCGCUGAAAUCGGCAUUGAAGAGCGACAAAAAUGGAUCGCCCAUUCGGCAUCAGGGGCUGGCGAACUCCGACAGCAAAAACGAGAUUGUGGCGAUCUACGGUGGUGAAAGUACGGUGCUGUGAGGUGGGAUCUGUGUGCAAAUUCACCACACUACUGGUGAUAGGCGAAUGAUUGCACAACAUUAUUGUAGUGUAAUGCGGUGAGCAUAAGAGCAGGAGCAAGUAAUGAUAAGUGAUCACGACGAUCGAUGUCGGUCGAUCGACCGAUUAUGUGGUAAAAAUAUUAAAAUAGCUAUACAUUAUAUUAUAAUGUUAUGCCGUGUGAAAUAUAAUUCUUACGAAAUUCCAUUA